AUGCAGCAUCUGCUUGAGGCUACCCGACGGCCCUUCGAUAGCGCAAUAGUGUAUGAGGUCAAAGUCCUCAGGGACGGCCUUAAUCUAGAUAAGGCACGGAAGUUGGCCCAGAAGGCAGAACUUACAGACAACCUUUCAUCGUCAGAGCCGGCUACUUUAGGAAGUGGCAUGAGGACAAAGUACGUUAGCCAUACAUUACUUUUUUUCAAAGAUAUCCUAGAAGACUGACGCCAGAUUCGGACGACGACAAUGACCAGUUCGACAUACGAGGGCACACAAAGAGGCGGUUAGGCCCAUGGCCUGUACCUCCAGCUGUACUCCGGAAGGUCUCAUUGGCUUAA